AUGGUAGGAGAGCUACUCCGUAACGAGUUACUCGAAAAGAAGUUCUCUCCUCACAGUCUGGAGUGCCUUAUGGCGGCAAUCGACGGCGCGAGUCGACCCGUUCACCCUUUACCGCCGAUAACAGUACAGCCUCCUACAGCAGCUCCCAAGCUCAACGAGAGCAACUUCCUCCAAGGCGCCUACAGCGGAUCAAUAUACGGCACACUUGAGAUGCGUGGCACUAAGCGUGUGGACACAACAUGA